AUGAAUUCGAAUCCACCACAUCACUCUACAGCCAUCUCGGGAGACCUUCCCAUCCGCUCCAGCAAGCCGAUGAGGCCUCCAACCCUAGCAGAGACUGAGAAUCCCCCCUGCGAAGAUGCAAAACCCCCAACCAUGUCGGCAACGAUCGAAGAAGUCCCAGAAGACAGCCCACCCAAACCCAACCCUCGGGUUGGCGCUCCUCAAACCAAACUGGAUGAUGAGGUCGCCCUUAGAGCGGGUGAGAUCAUGGCAUCCGUAAUCCACAAACCCAGACGCAGAAAGCCAAAGAGCAAGCGUGGACUCGGAAAGCCCACUGGAUUCGAAGAGUAUUAUGCCGAUGGUCCCAUGACGCCGGCAGAGCAUGAAGAAUCUCGCCAGACUUAUGACCCGUCUUACCCAUUUGAACAGCGUAUACAGGAAGCUCUCACCCGGUUUCAAUGGAAGCGCCGCAUGGAAAAUGACAGACGUGCCAUUUUCUUCAAGUACCUGCAGUACGGCGGCGUAGACGCCAGCCAGAAUUAUGGAACCGGAGUUUCUCCCAAGGAGUUGAAGCAAAUGUCGAAUGAUGAAGCGCGCCAAGCUCGUAGUCAGACUAUGAUUCCACGGGACCGGCAGGAACAAGAGGUCAACUUUGAAGAGGUGGCUCGAGGCUUCUUAAGCUCAUAUUACGCCAACCACUACAAUCCAGACAGUCAAGAAAGCAUCAAUAUUGCGACUAGCACUAUCCGAAACCUCCUCACAUAUCUGCUAUACCAUGAGGUCUGCCCCGAGUACAAGGACAACAUCCUCAAGGCACGGCGGAUCUGCGAUAUCGCGUCGGUAGAGCUUUGGAAGAAUGUCCAACUGGUUCAAGACGGGCCUGGAAAGUUCAACGAAAGCUGCUCAAUGCUGUUCGGUGGUAGAUAUCAUGGAAGUGGCCAAGACACCAAUUGUUGGAUCCCAGCACAGUGUUGUUCCGACGGCAAUCUCACCCCCGACGCUGCCCGCAAGGUCGUCAAGUUUGCGAUUGCAGGCACCGCGUCUCACGAACAGGCUUGCCGGUUCCAGGCGUUGGUGACCAAGGGCAACCUCUCCGCCAAACAAAUCCUGGAUAUUGACGGCUUUGAGGUGACCUCCAUUAACCAGCCCGACGAUGAUAUCCGUGACUUUCACCAUGAAUUUGCUCCAGACUUGCCCGUUGUUGGAAAAAUCAAGGCCAAAUCGUUCCGCAACCCUGCCAAGCCGGAUAUUGAUAUGACCCCUGCAGAGCGUAAAUCUUGGCAAGAGGGCAAGGCACCAAAGUAUGACUUUGAGUUCUUCCUCGAGGAAGAGCUUCUGCAGAAUUGUUACCCGGGUUUGAGAAUCACUUCUGAUAUCUGGGAGAUCAAUUGCGGAGUGUAUUACUUUGAUGAGAUCAUCUCGGCGUAUCCUUCAUUCCACAAAGUUCUUGCGAAUGACCUGAUGAUGCGCUGGAAGACUCCCAGAGAAAUUGUUGAAGAGAAGCCAAACAUUCUGGAGAUGCAGGUGGAGGAUGUGCCUCGGUUGGAGGCGGAUGAUGACCCGGAGGAGGACAAGAAGCCGGAUCACAUCACAGAAGCUGUCAAGGAAGCUUUGCGAGCCACUGGUCUUGAAAAUGAGGCAGAUGAGGUUGACAAGGAGUGA